AUGCACACAUUUUUAACUUUGAGUUUCACUACUUGCAAAACCUUGUUUCAGCCUAUAGCUAGGAUGGCAGUAGAAGAAAAGGGUUUAGUUUCUUACUGUACAAAAGUUGAGCGCAAUGCAAAUUUGGAGAAGCUGCAAUACAACUAUUUGUUUCCUGAGAUCGAUGUACGUGAGCUUCGACACAUUAAGAAGUAUCCGAAUGCUAAAGUCAUAAGCCUCGGAAUUGGUGACACCACUGAACCAAUACCAGAUAUGGUAGCCUUGAGCAUGGCUAAUUAUGCAAAGAGCCUUGCAACACCUCAAGGUUAUAAAGGUUAUGGAGCUGAACAAGGGAACAAGGAGCUAAAACAAGCCAUAGCAGAAACAUUUUACAAAGACACGGGAAUAAAAGAUUCGGAAGUAUUUAUAUCAGACGGUUCACAAUGUGAUAUCAGUCGUCUGCAGAUGCUUUUCGGGUCGAAUGUGUCUAUUGCUGUUCAAGAUCCAUCCUUUCCGGCUUACAUAGAUUCAAGUGUGAUAAUUGGCCAGACUGGGGAUAUUGAGAAAGAAUCAGGGAGGUAUCAGAAUAUUGCAUACAUGGAAUGUGGACCAAGAAAUAAUUUCUUUCCUGACCUCUCAAAAACUCCAAGAACAGAUAUCAUUUUCUUCUGCUCUCCAAAUAAUCCAACAGGCCAUGCAUCAUCAAGGGAGCAAUUAGAGCGACUUGUGGAUUUUGCACAACAGAAUGGAUCCAUCAUUGUAUAUGAUUCUGCCUAUGCAGUUUAUAUCACCGAUGGACCUCGAUCAAUAUAUGAAAUUCCUGGCGCAAGAAAGGUGGCCAUUGAAGUCUCAUCCUUCUCCAAGAUCGCUGGAUUCACCGGAGUCCGACUGGGCUGGACUGUGGUUCCCGAGGAACUCGUGUAUUCCAAUGGAUUCCCGGUUAUAAACGACUUCAAUCGCAUAGUAUGUACCUGCUUCAAUGGUGCUUCCAAUGUAGCUCAGGCUGGUGGGCUGGCUUGCUUAUCCUCGGAUGGCUUCAAGGCUGUACUUUCCAAUGUUGAUUACUACAAGGAAAAUGCAGAGAUACUGGUGAAUACCUUUACUUCUCUGGGAUUAAGGGUCUAUGGAGGCACAAACGCCCCUUAUGUUUGGGUACACUUUCCAGGGUCAGAUUCUUGGGACGUGUUUAACGAAAUUCUGGAAAAAACACACAUAAUCACAGUUCCGGGGAGUGGAUUUGGUCCUGGAGGCAGAGAGUUUAUCCGGGUCACUGCUUUUGGUCACAGAGAAAAUAUCCUGGAAGCUUCAGAAAGGCUCAGAAGUUAUCUCUCAUAA